GUGAGCCCCGGCUGUUGUGCUAACGUUAGCUGUGAGUGAGCUGGGUCUGUGUAAACACCUGUACGACGGAUUGGUGGGUCACGAAGGUCUGCGUCUCACCGUCGGUCAGCGUGAACCUCCUGACACCAGGUGGGUCCCUGCUCCUCUGAGUCUGCAGCCAUAGCCAACGUUACGGUUGAGGCUGUGUCAGAGCAGAUGUGCUUGGAAACGGUUUCAUCGUCCACUUUUACAGAAACAUAACUGGACCCUGCAGGCAAACAGAGACACACCAGGAUGGCCUGUGUGCUGUCCCGCAAAGCCAGGCUGGUCUCUUACCUCCCAGGACUUCAUGUGUUGGUGCGUCGCGUAGCUGGAGCCAGAGCCUUCUCUGCUGCUGGAUCCUCGGGCUCAGAUGAGCCACACACAGCCAUCACUCAUUCUGACAUGGGACAGCGGACAGUGUGGCCUGAUGAGAGCAUGGGGCCUUUCGGGCCCCAGGACCAGCGCUUUCAGCUGCCUGGUAAUGUGGGUUUUGACUGUCACCUAGAAGGACUAGCGGAGCAGAAGAAGAACCUGACAUACAAGAUGAUCCCUGAUGUGUUGUCGACACCAUCCAGUAGUGAGAGACACGAGUUCGUACUGGCCCAGUUCAUUGGCGAUUUCUUCGAGAAAAAAGACCCAGCCUCGUCUCAGAGUGUCGGUCAAGCUGAACAUUACUUUGACAACUCCAGUGUGGAGUGUGCCAUUCAGUCCUGCCCUGAGCUACUACAGAAAGAUUUCCAGUCCAUGUUUCCUGAGGCUCCAUCCUCUGGCAUGAUGGUGGUCACAGUUACCCAAAAGACCCGGAACGACAUGACGUCAUGGUGUGCUGAGGUCGAACAGGAGAGAGAGCAGAUGCUUGGCAAGUUUGUUGAUGGAGCCAAAGAGAUCUGCUAUGCUCUGCAGAGAGAAGGAUUCUGGGCUGACUUUAUCGACCCGUCCUCAGGUUUGGCGUUCUUUGGCUCAUACACCAAUGACACACUGUUUGAGACGGAUGACAGGUACCGUCACCUGGGCUUCCAGAUUGAGGACCUGGGAUGCUGCAGAGUUAUCCGACACACUCUGUGGGGGACGCAUAUUUUUGUGGGGACAAUAUUCACCAACGCACCACCCAGCAGCUUUAUCAUGAAGAAGCUGCAGGGCAGCUGAAUACAAGCUCAGGGACACUGGGCUGCCAUGGUUUGGUGUCUCAUCAGUGUUUUUACCUUUGCAGCUUGUAUGUAUAAUUAUUAGCUGAUUGAUUUAUAUUUAUAGAUUGAGAUCUCACAGGGCGAAAUGCUGCUGUCAUCACAAUAAAGUAUUUCUUGACUAAA